AUGAAUCCAGAACAAGAACAAAAUACCUCUUAAGGAUCAUGGCAGCUCCAAAAUAACAAUCAGAAUAUGUAAACCGAAUAAAACUAUUUUUGGCGUAAUGUCCCAUUCACAGAAUAGUAAAUCUCAUCAAGAAAUCUAAUACAAAAGUUAAUUCUUUUAAUUUAAGGCAUUCCAGAUAUAUUCAUUCAUAAAAGAUUCUUAGAAACAACUUGCAAUAAAUUUUAAUAAAAUUUUUUAGAUUUAUAUAAUGAUGUUUUAGACAUUGAAUAAUUACAGCAAAUAAUUGAGUAGGAAUAUAACUAAAGAAUAAAGAAAUAGGAAUCUUAAAUAUCAGCAACUCAAAACCUUCUUUAUGAAUGGGAGGAUAAAGUCAACAUUUCACAACUAUAUUAAAUAAUGAAAAUUAUCAAAAGUCCUAACAGAAAUUUGUAUAUAACAAAAGAUAUAACUAAAGAAACUUAUUUUGAUGAAUUAAAAGAAAAUCUAAAUUCAGGAGAUUAAAAAUAUUUGAAUAAUAACUUUUAUAUUUUAUAGGAAAGUUUGAAAGGGUAAGGUAUUUUUGAGAAUUUCAAAGUUUAGCCUAUCAAGGUCUUUAGGAAACAAUUAAAUCUAAUUAAAUAACAGGAAUUCAAUGAGGAUGAUACUGUAAUUCUAUUUUAUUAAUUUAAUAGUUUAUGUAUUAUGAAAUUUAUAAAAUAUUGGCAUUUCCUCACAAGCAAUUUAAAUAAUGUUAUAAAUAUGAUGUUGAAGCUUAAAGUGUGCAUUUUUAGCUCCCAAAGAAUAUAUAUAUUGAGGUUAAAUCUAAUGACAUUGAAUAAAUUCCUCUAUUGAAUGAUAAUUCAAUAAUGAAGCAGAUCCCAUCCUCUUUAUUUUAGAACAAUAUAUUAUCAUUUCUAGGAAUUAUAGAAUUAUUUUAAUUGAGAAUGGUGUGCAGAUAUUUUAAAACAAUGUACUAAUAUUCUAAUUGAUUUUUAGAAUUGAAAAAUACUGGCAUAUCCCUUCUAGAAAAGAAAUUAUAUAGUAUGAAUUAGCAAAAGAUUUAGCUAACAAUAAUGAAAAUUUAAAGAAUUCUUAGAUUGCAGCAUAAACACUUAAAUAGAAAUUAAGAGCUAGCAUUGAUAUUAUAUUGAACUUAAUUAAUUGGAAUGAUUUACAUGAAUAAAUAGAAACUGGUUAGAUUGAAAUUAUUAUUUACAGACCUCUUAUCAUAAUGCUUAGAUUAUUUAAUAAAUAAUAAAAGAUUUGUUAUCAUUAUGAAAUUGAUGGUUAGUUUAAUAUUACUUAAUUAGCAAAGAAUAUUAAAUAGCAGAUUCAUGAUUACUUAAAUAUGGAAUUAAUACCUUUAGGUUUUACUUAAAUGAAACAACUUUAUUAAUAGGCAUUAUAAGCACCUGAAUUUAAUUUUAUCAAUGAAAUUCAUUCUGAACUAAACUAGAGUGUAUUACUUACAAUUCUACUUUAAGCCCUAUAUUUUCAUGGAUGGAUGACUUAGGUAAUUACAAUCUAAAAUGAAAUAUUAAAAAAGUAUAACAAGUAAAAAUUUCAUUUACAAAAUAGAGAACUGUAAAUGUUUGAUUAAAAACAAAAAUAUAAUAAUGACUUCAUAAAAUAAGCUAGUAAAUAUAUUUAUAAAAUGAAUGAUUUUUCAUCUAGCCAAAAACCUUAAGAACAAGAUUAAAUAAUGACUCAAAUUGUAUUAUUAAAUUAUAUUAUAUAUAGGGUCAAAUAUUGUAAGAGAGUUUAAGAAAUAUAAAUUUUUCCCCAAAUGCUCAUCCUUAAACAGAUCCUUAUGGGGUUAUAUGUUAAAAUAAUGAUAUCAUCAAAAUCCAUUUAGAUGUCUAUUUCUAAAUUGAAAUAUUAACAUAUGUUUGUUCUUGUUAAAAAUAUUACUUUGAUGAUGUAGUUGAUUAACAAUUGGAAAUGUAAUUUAACUAAUUUAAAUCAAUUAAAAAUCAAAAAAAGGAUAAUUCUCUUAAUCAAGAAGGCAAGCAAUAGCAAAAUUUAGAGGAGGAAAAGCUGAUGUAACAAGGCGAAAAUAUUGAGCCAAAAUAAAAUAUAGAUUAUGAAGAAAAUUAAUAUAACUGA